GCGAGCUUCUGUCCCGUUUAGCAGAGUAAUUUCUUCGAACAGUUGGUGUGCGAGUCGUUAGAACUGGGAGAUAUGAAGGGUAACAAGGCAAAGCUUUUAACACUUGCAGAGAAAUGCAAGAAUAUACUUGCCUCAAACUGGAAAGGUCACCUCAAUACGAUUAAAGCGGAUGCCAAAGGAAGUAAGGAGGGUAUAUACACUUCAAAGGUUAAGUACAUAAUCAGAAGAGGAAAGCCUUACAUCUGGGUACCCGAAAAGGAUCUACACAAUGUGAACACUGUCAUUGAUGAGCGUGGUUCCUUUGCUGUAGCCAAUCAAUUUCCAGGGCACCUAGCAACUUUACUUAAAUCAAUGAAAAAGUUACCAGCUCGGGUAGCUUUAACAGGAGAUGUUGUGCCUCUUAAAGAUGAAAAGGUUCGAUCAGUUUUAAAAAGCCUUGAAGAAGUCAUACUGUCUGAACAGAAAGCAAUUAGUCAGUUAAGUUAUACGGCUUCAGGUGUACUAAGUUCUUCGAAUCAUAUUUUGACAUCCCAAAGUGAAAACCUUAAAGAUCUACUCAAUGGGGAUGAAAACUAUGUGGUCUACAAGUUCACUCCAAGGUCAUGCAUGUUUAUUGAUGGCCAUGGAGGAAGGAGUCAUGAAAUAGAUUUGGAAGAUCUGGAGACAUCUAAAGCAGAUGCACUGGCUCCAUUUUCGGCAAAACUCAUUGACGGCAUCAACCAAAGUGGAUCAAGGUGCAGAGCUUUAAUGCUCUUCUGUCUAAUCUACUUAAACGCAAAAGCAAAGGAUGCACGUAUGCUCUCAAUUGAUAGGAAGGGAUUCGAUGUGUUGGGAAAGGUUGCUAAACAGGUAAAGGAAGAUGGCAAGGUUGAUUCGGAGUGGAAAGAAUUCAGAUUCAUUUUCAAGGAAGAGGCAGAGGAUGUUGAAUCAUUCUGUCGUUUGUUAGUGGAAAUGGAAGAAGAGGCCGUCAAAAAGGUUUCAAGUUACAGCGGUCUUGGCUGAGAGAUGAAUUCAGUUUUGCAGACAAUUUUUGAAAAUUUGCAAGGCUGUGCAAAGACUAAUGUAGUAACUUUAAUUUUAUAAAUGUUUCGUUAAAAGCUUGCUUUGGAAGCCUUUUGGUGUAUAAGUUGAUGUCUAUUGUUUUAUAGCAAAAAACUUUCUCUAAAUAUAUUCAUUUUCCCAGUUUUAAACUUACUGAAAAUUGCUUUUUGAUCGAACUGGCAAAACAAUUUCUUAUCCUAAAACUAAAAUAUAAAAAAAAAAAAAAAAAGACAGAACGAUUAACAUUCAAAAAAAUGGAAACAAAAAAAAUAAAAAUAAAAAAAUUUACACCAACAUUCGAAUGUAAGCCAAAAUGGCUGCUGCUGCUAAGGUCAAAUAGAAUUUCGGGGGCUAACAGUAAUCACAUACAUUGUUCUCAAAAUGGAUCCGACCUUUUCAAAACCAAACUGUUUAAAAAAAAAAAAAAAACAUAAAUUCAUAAACCAUCGGAAAUAAAAACGCUAAGAAAA